AUGGUCAAGAUGGACAAGGUUGUCGAGAACGACUACGUCAUCGUCCUCUUCUACGAGGGCAUGCGCCACCGGCCGUCCAUGAACUGGCUCCUCCAGGCCUACCGGACCCUGGAUCGCCGGUACAAGAAGAACCUCAAGUACCUGUUCAUCGUCAAGCCCACCAUGUGGCACACGCUCCUGAUGAAGUUCGUCGGCUUCUUCAUCAGCAAGAAGUUCUACCAGAAGAUCGUCCACAUCAACAACAUGGCCGACCUGGGCCGCUACAUGAACCUCAGCACCCUGCCGUCCCACCUGAUCGACAAGGAGAUCCGCAACCUCAUCGCCACCCCCAGCCCGGACCUCGCCGGGGGUCGCUUCUUCGGCGUGUCGGCCGAGGAGGUCGCUGAGGAGACCACCGUCGAGGAGGCUACCGAGGAGGUCGCCGUCGAGGAGAUCGCUGAGGAGACCACCGAGACCGAGGUCGCCGAGGAGGUUGCCGCCGAGGAGUCCACUGAGACCGAGGCCACUGAGGAGACCACCGAGGAGGUUGCCGUCGAGGAGGUCGCUGAGGAGGCCACUGAGGAGACUGCCGUCGAGGAGGUUGCCGUUGAGGAGACCGCCGAGGAGUCCACCGAGACCGAGGCCACUGAGGAGACUACCGAGACCGAGGCCACUGAGGAGACUACCGAGACCGAGGCCACCGAGGAGACUACCGAGACCGAGGCCACCGAGAUUGAGGAGACCGAGACCGAGGAGACCGAGGCCACCGAGACCGAGGAGACUGAAAUCGCCGAGGAGAGCUCCGAGACCACUUCCGAGGCUGUCACCAAGAAGCCCGCUGCCAAGAACAACACCAAGGCCCGCCGCGGUAACGCCGGCCGCAACCGCCGCCGCUGA